CACCCAUUUUCCUGUCCAACAGUAUACAAUAGGGUGUUGUAUUUUUGCACGGUAUAGAUUUAUUCGUUAAGUAAUCUAGGCACUAAUAAUGAUAAAACAAGCGCGAGUCAGUCUGCAUCGACGCAGAUUUAUUUUAUUUCUUGUACACAGUGUGUUGUGCGUAACAGGGGAUCCACAAAGAGCACGCAAGUCUUAUCAGACAUAAUGUUUCUCGGCAAUUUUCUUCUAGCAGGCAUGUCACCCAGUUUAGUUUACGUGCUAAUGGCAUUUGUUUGUGAGCUAGGUAGCAUGCAUUUUUAAUCACCCGUCAAACUAAAGGCAUCGUUCUUUAUGCUUUUGCUUAGUUUUAGUUAAAACGUAUUGUAUGUCUUAAGCCCAGGAUCUGGAGUGCUGCAUGGUGCAUUAUUGGAUGGGGGAGUUGUUGAACAGUCUGGAAACGUGGAAUGAUGACUGGUAACCUUACCCAUAGCAGGUACAUAAGAAGGCACUCCUUUAGAUCAGUAUUUAUGGAAAGAAGUAUAAAAAGGCCAAAACAAGGAAAUGCUCAGUCUAAUGUUCUGAUUCUGUUGCUUUCAUUUAUGUGCUGAUUACUUAGGAGACCAUGUCUUUAAAGGACCACAGCAGUCACGUUCUGCAGCAGCUACACGGACAGUUGCAGUACGGAUUCCUGUGCGACUGCUCCAUUGCCAUUGGUGAUGUUCAGUUCAAAGCUCACCGAGCAGUCCUUGCUGCCUGCAGCAAGUAUUUUCAUAAUCUUUUCAUAAGCCAGCCAACUGCAUCUCUAACCUGGUAUCUCAAUCCUGAUCAUAUAAGUGCCAAACACUUUGAUCUUAUCCUUCAGAUGAUGUAUGCAUCAACAGUUGAGAGUCUGCCCGAUGACCUGGAGGAGUUUAAGGCAUCCUUAAUUUUCCUCAAAUUUUAUAAUAUUCCUGGAUUCCUUGCUGCAAUAGAGUCAGUCUCAUCCAAGCACUCUGCUGGUGAAAAUAAUUCUAUGAAGUAUGCUGCUGAAGUUGGUGACAUUAUUAAAAAUGACAGUACAGUUUUUCAGCACUCCAUGAGUAUAUUAAAAGGUGACCAUCAUGCUUCUCCUCCUCUUCCUGUGCCCUCCCUUCCUCCUUUGCCAACUUGUGUGAAGACCCAUACCCAGUCCUCUAGACAGCUAUCAGAUGUACAUGUACACUUUCAUGACAACACAAUUCCUCUUACUAGUGAGGGUUUGGAACAUGUAAAAAGCCAUAGCUAUGAUUGCCACCAAUGUGGAGUAGAAUUUGACACAAGCAGUGAGCAGCUGAAUCAUGUUCAAACGUGCAAAGCUGAUUCAGCACUAGAAAGCAAAAACACCAACCAGCAAAGUUAUGAAGGGAGAAAAGAUGGGACCUGUACUAAUACAUUCAUUGGAGCAGGAGGAGAGACUUUUCAACUUCCAACUGAUGCUAUAUUAGCAGCUUUGGAGAGUGAUGUUGCCAGAGGACAAAUAACUUGCAGUACAAGGAUGCCAAAGCCAGAGCCCCAGGAACCUGAAGUGGUGGAUAUUAAUGGUAUUAAAGUUGUCCAGGUCCGCCAGGAAACCGAGGAACAAGUGAUGGACUGCCUUCCUUCAGACUAUGGAAGUUCUGUGGCUUAUAACUGGGAAACAGAUGCUCCAGGAAGACAAUAUGGUUUGAAUACCAGUGACCAUUGUGGGCAAAAUAGUGUAUCGUCACAUGACAUUCAGAACGGAAGAAGACUCAACAUUUAUCAAAGUAGAAUAAAGAAGCUAAAAGAGAAGGGAACUCUGUCUGUGUUUAGAGAAUGUGAAGCAGUAAGGGCUGCUGUGUACCGAUCAAAGCUGUCAGAAGAAAAACGCCGACUUCAAAAUGAGAAAGCAAAGCUCAGAAUGAGACUGUACAGAGAAAGAAAAAAAAUAUACAAUGUAAUCAUGACUGCACAAUGGAAGUUACAAGAAAAGAAAUGGAGAAAAAACUUGAAAUAAGGAAGCCAAAGCAGCAAAAUGUACCUGUACUACAGAAGAAUCUAAAUUCUGUCCUGAGCACAUUUCUUCAGCAGUAAUAGCUGGAACUACAGAGCUGAUGUUCAUGGCAGAUAUUCUGAUUUCCCCAAAGAAUGUAAAUAUGUGGUUCAACCUUCGGAAAUGGUACAACAUCUGUAAAGUUAAGUAGUGUAAACUGAUGCAGGGGUCUGAGAAACAAGGUACCCGAUACUGACUGAAGAAAAUGGAAAAUUCAUUUCAUAGGGUUUCAUUUCCUGUAUUACAAGGAGUUAAUACUAAGUGGUACUUGAUAGUCCAGUUCAGUUUCUAAUGGUGAUCUAAAAUGAUUCUGCACUUCACUGCACUUCAUAAAGGAUUUUCCUUUCUGGCCAGUUCCAAUGUCUUAGGCUCACUCCAGGGUUUAGAACCAUUGUAAUACAUGGUAGAUGUACAAAGAGACCAAAUGAGUAGGAAAAAGGC